CAUUGGACGAAGUAAGCUACGUUUUCCUGCGCCCAGGAAGUAAGAGUACGCGGCCCGAGCCCGACGGGCGGCAUUGCGAGAAAUAUGAGGAUUCGCCCGGGAUGCGCGGCUGCACUAGUGUUGCUACUGCAAGCCGCUCUCGUGGCGAGCAAAGCCGUGGAUCAAACGAAAUUGAAGCAGCAAACUCAACGGCAAAUUCCAUACGGUACAGAAGCGCAAAAACGAUGGGGAGGUGACUCCGGUGGCGGCGAUUACGGUGGUGGUUAUGGAGGUGGUGACGCUGGCGGUGGUCAUUUCGGCGGUGGUGAUAUUGGCGGUCACUUUGGCGGAGGUGAUGCCGGUGGUCACUUCGGUGGAGGUGAUGUAGGCGGUCAUUUCGGCGGAGGUGACGCUGGCGGUCAUUUCGGCGGAGGUGACGUCGGCGGUCAUUUCGGCGGUGGUGGUGACGUCGGCGGUCAUUUCGGCGGUGGUGGUGACAUCGGCGGCCACUUUGGAGGUGGCGACAUCGGAGGUCACCUAGGCGGCGGUGACAUUGGUGGUCAUCAUCUGGGUGGAGGCGACAUCAGUGGUCACGGAGGUGAUAUUGGUGGAGGCGGUGAUAUCGGCGGAGGCAUUGACGCACACCAUGAUCAUCAUCACGACGAAGGUUACUGGAAGAAGAAAUUAGUCUGGAAGCCAGGUUGGAAGAAAAUUUGGAAACCGGCGAAGAAGCAGAUCUGGAAACCCGCGUGGAAGAAAAUCUGGAAGCCAAUUUGGGUGCCGACUCAAAAAGCGGUAUGGAAAGAAAUUCAAGUGCCUGCCUGGAAGAAGAUAUGGAAGCCCGUGUGGAAAGAGAUUCAAGUGCCGGCGUGGAAAGAGAUACAAGUACCAGCCUGGAAGAAGGUUUGGAAGCCGAUUUGGCAACCGAUCAAAGUGCCAGCUUGGAAAGAGAUUCAAGUGCCGGCGUGGAAAAAGAUCUGGAAGCCGGUUUGGAAAGAGAUUCAAGUACCAGCGUGGAAGGAAAUUCAAAUACCCGCUUGGAAGCAACUCUGGAUUCCCGAAUGGGUGAAGAUCGGUAUACCAGGUGAGCAUUAUCAUGGUACAGAUCAUCACGGAUGGCAAUACACCAGUCACGAUCUCUGGAAGAAAAAACUAAUUUGGAAACCGGUAUGGAAAAAAUAUUGGAAACCCGCAAAGAAACAGAUCUGGAUACCGGACAAAAAGCUCGAAUGGAAGGAAGCUUGGAAGCAGGUCUGGAAGCCAGCAAAGAAACAAAUCUGGAUAGAAGACAAAAAGCUGGCCUGGAAAGAAGAAUGGAAACAGAUCUGGAAACCAGCUAAGAAGCAGAUCUGGAUACCGGACAAAAAGCUGGAGUGGAAGGAAGCUUGGAAGCAGAUUUGGAGACCCGAUAAGAAACUCGAGUGGAUUCCUGACAAGAAGCUCGCCUGGAAAGAAGCGUGGAAGCAAAUCUGGGUACCUGAUUGGAAGGAGAUCUGGGUGCCAGCGUGGAAGAAGAUUUGGAAGCCGGUGUGGAUAUCCGAGUGGUUCCCCAGCGAAGACCAUCACCACCAUCACGGCUGGGACCGCAAGGACUCUCAGGCUCAGAACACGCAAAUUGUGCCUUAUAGCUCGGAAGCUUCUCGACAGAAGAAACAAACCGAACCACAACACCAACAACAUCAACAACAACAACAACAACAACAACAACAACAACAACAACAACAACAACAGGUAUCACAACCUCAAAUAAAGACUAACAAAGUCCCAUCGGGCAAGUCCUUCCAGGCAAGUUUGCCAACAAUCACGCAGGAUCUGGUACCGCCGCCACUGUCCAAUCAAAACGGAGGUCACAUCAAUUUCGCAUUUCCCAGCCGCUGAUGAAGAUAAAUCUCCACGCAAAAUAAUCGCACUGUAAUCCCAAUGCUUGUGUACAAACGUCUCCGAAAGAGUAUUGUAACAUAAAUGGUUGUAUAUAUUACGUAUUUAGAAGCUUAAGAUAGAUCGUGUAAAAGUUAAGUUACUCGAUGUUGUUCGACUGACGCGCUCCCUGUUUGUCAGGGUGCCAUUAUUAUCCUGACACAUCAUAACAUGUAUUUCUCCUCUGUUCUUUGUUUUUUUUAUACACGUGUUGUUGUUCCCUCAACUGUUAACUAAUACUGUUAAAUAAAGUUUAUACAUAUUUUGUUAAA